GGGACUCCCCCGAAUCUACUGAGGAGACGGACUUUUAUUAAACAUUCAACUCUCCCGGCUCCAAACCAGACUAGGGGAACCGCGGGGAUGUGCAUGUCUAACAAGCUACGCGGGCGAUCCCCAUAAACUUUUUUGAAAAUCGGCGGAUAAAGAGGGUGUUUGAAGGGCUCCUACCCUGGGUGGAGGCUAUUGUGAGGGGCAUGGGGGCAUAGGGCAUUAUCGAGUGCCCAACGAUAAUACUACCCCACUUCCAACUUCUUCUCUGGACAAGAUUCCUCAUUUCUAGCCCGGGUUGGGCGCUAGUUUACCAAGAGCCCUCGCAACCUGAGCCCCCAUCUGAGCUGGAAGCCGAGGCCCAGAGAGGGAAAGCAGCUUGCCCAAGGUCACAAAGCCAGAAGGAGGUCGAGGCAGAGUUUAAUGCAGGUCCAAGGACUCCCAGGCCAGUGUUCUCCACGAGCGUCUCCCGUGCGCCUACGUUGAGAGCUCGAGUCUUUCCGACGGCAGUAGAGCCCAGGCUGGCCGGGGACCCGAGUUCUGAUUCGGGAAGGGCGUGACCACCUACCGUCCCCCGCCAGGCUUCGGCGCCAGCCGGGGGUUGAGUGGUGGUCUCCGAGGUCUGCGAUGCAGCUCCCUGCUCCUGCUAGGGCGGAGCCAGAUCCGACAGGCGAGCUGGCCAAUGACGCGUGGACUCUAGGCCUGGCAGCCAAUCGGGGGCCGGGGGCGCGGAGCCGGCAGGGAGGCGGGGCGUUGGAGCUUCUGGGUGCUCCGCAGGCUGCCGGCCCCAGCCCUACCCCCGCGGUGGGUCCCGGCCGUACCCUGCCCAGCGGGCACUCGCGGAUACUGGCCGUACACUGUGGCCGGCCAGGCCCACGGCACUGAGCGUGCAGGGAGGACAGACCUGCAGUCCCCCACCCGAGUCCUGGGGGUUCUCCCCGCCCCGGCCUCCCUGUCAGCGGCCACCACCUCCAGCCUCUCGGAGCCCCGGAGAGGAUAAACACCCAGGGAGGCAGGGAGCUCCCUUUAUCCAAGGAGGUGGCCGUGCAGGUGGCCACAGGCUGGGGCACUCCUCAUGUCAGAAGUGAGUGGGCAGGCUGACUGACCACAGGCAGCCUCUUGCCUAGUGCCCUUUUGGCAUCAGCAUGGACUCCAGGAUCCCAUCCGCUAGAGGCUGGUUCAGCAGCCAUCCGCCCACUUCUGAGCCUGACCUGGAGCCUGCCACAGAAGGGCCAGCCCCCGAAACUACCACCCUCGGCCCAGAAGUCACCAGCUUUAACAGCACCAGAAUCCCUGAUGUGGCUGGUGGCACAGCCGGCGUGGGCACAAUGCUUCUGUCCUUCGGGAUCAUCACGGUGAUUGGUCUGGCUGUGGCCAUGGUUUUGUAUAUCAGGAAGAAGAAGAGACUGGAGAAGCUGCGCCACCAGCUCAUGCCCAUGUACAACUUUGACCCCACGGAGGAACAGGACGAGCUGGAGCAGGAGCUACUGGAGCACGGGCGGGACGCCGCCUCCAUGCAGGCAGCUGCCUCCGGGCAGGCCAUGCAGGGCAAGACCAGCCUCCCCUCCCAGGGCCUGCUGCAGAGGCCCAGCCGGCUGGUGUUCACUGACGUGGCCAACGCCAUCCACACGUGAGCGGUCCAGGGACAGGCCUCGAGCUCUGAUGGAGACACCCUCUGCAGUGCCCAGAUUGCUGCCCACUCCCUGAACAUCAAGACCUACUCUUGGGACCUGCCCUGCCAAAGAGGAAAGGGCUGGGCAAGGCCCCAGCUGUUCUGAGGAUCCACCUGCUGACUUUCCAGGCUCUAAGAGAGGCCCCUGGCCAUGUUGGGUGUCUGACCGCCGACCUCCCCAAGCUGGAGGGCCCUGGCAUGGGGGGCGGCUCCCAUGCCGGAAGGUCAAGAGCCACUGCUGGCUUUCUUGUCUCCUCUCGGGACCCUUCACCUCAGGGUCUGCUUCCUGGAAUCUGGAGGAAAUGGA